UCUUGGGACUCGGCUGGGAACGCCGGGAAAGCCAGUGGACCAAGGCCAGGAGCGGCGGUUGGGUUUGGUCGCGGCUGUUGACACCAUGUCCCGCGUGUCGGUGCCUUGCCAUGUGAAAGGCACCGUGGCCCUGCAGGUGGGCGACGUGCGAACCUCCCAAGGCCGGCCUGGUGUGCUGGUCAUCGAUGUCACCUUCCCCAGCGUCGCGCCCUUCGAGUUACAGGAGAUCAUGUUUAAGAAUUACUACACAGCCUUUUUGAGCAUUCGUGUUCGCCAGCACACCUCACCGCACACACCGGCCAAGUGGGUGACCUGCCUGCGGGACUACUGCCUCAUGCCUGACCCACACAGUGAGGAGGGAGCCCAAGAAUAUGUAUCGCUGUUCAAGCACCAGAUGCUGUGUGACAUGGCCAGAGUACUGGAGCUGCGCCUGAUUCUGCGACAGCCAUCACCACUGUGGCUGUCUUUCACAGUGGAAGAACUGCAGAUUUACCAGCAGGGAUCAAAGAGCCCCUCCAUGACCUUCCCCAAGUGGCUCUCCCACCCAGUGCCUUGUGAGCAGCCUGCUCCCCUCAUUGAGGGUCUCCCAGACCCCAGCAGGGUAUCCUCCGAGGUGCAGCAGAUGUGGGCGCUGACAGAGAUGAUCCGGGCCAGUCACACCUCCACAAGGAUCGGCCGCUUUGAUGUGGAUGGCUGUUAUGACCUGAACUUGCUUUCCUACACUUGAACCAUGGCUCUUAGCCAAGAUGUUGGCCUUCCAUGCCCACCCAGACCUGGUUUAGGCCACCAGAGGCUGAAGUGCUUUCCCUGUGCAUUACAAGUGUUGCCUGCAUGCCCACUGUGUCUGGGCCACGUUCACAGAUUCAAGAUUCUUGGGGGCUAAACUGAGUUGCUUCAGCAUGAGUUCUCAGCAGGGAUGUACUCUGUCCUCAUCUGACUGCAACCUGAAACUCCUUUUCCUACCCUGAAAACAUUCCAGUUCUGUUUACUAAGAAUCCCCUUCUGCCAACAUGCACACUCCAGUCUUCUGCCUGCUCCUUCACCCUGAAUGCAGUGCACUGGGGUGACCUACUAAAACCUGCUCUAUCAUUGGAAGGCUGCUGUAGCCAUGGCAGUCAUGUAGUUUGGAAGCUCAAGGAAAAACCGGAGCCCACGUCUUCCUUCUGCGCCCCCUAGUGGUCUUCUUUCUUAUGCCCAGAAGAAGAAAUUUCCUGUCCUAACUCCUGCUGUCUGCCUAGGGAGUGAAGCUGGGGAUUUGGGCAGCCUGAAUCCCUUGGUCCCAGAGCUGGCUCCUGGAUGUGUGUUCAAAUGGGCCUGCCCAUCCAGCCUGGGCAGUGUCUCUGGCAAGACUGGUGUCUAAUGAGUUCUGGGACCUUUUUGCCUAAAGCACACCCUGUCCCUUCUCCCAGCUUCCCCCUUCAAGAAUCAUGCUAAGUGUGAUGAAAGACCAACCUUGGUAGGGUGUGGGUCCAGGUGGGCAUUUGCACUGGUGUCUUUCAGGAGGCUGAGGUCUGCCAUAACCCCAGGCCUGCUGCUGAAUAAGGCAGGCUACUCUUAUGAGAAAAUCUACCUUUUGUUUUUUCCUGGCUUUGCUCCAGGGCACUAUGCUGCAGCAGCAUAUGUGUUAGACCUGGAAAAUUGGAAGUUUGUGUGGCUCAACAGCUUUCUGGAGUCAGGUCAGCUACCUUUUGGUGGCUACCUUCUGCUCUUAACUAUUACAGUUCUUGCAGGUGUUAUCUUUGCCUGUGGGGUCAUUUAUUUAGCCUCAUUUAGCUUUUGCUAAGAGGGUAAUGACCACAGUCCUGUGCUCCGGGAGUAGCAGCCUUCAGAGAGAGAGAGAGGGGGGAGACAGAGAGAGAGUGAGAGUGUGUGUGUGUGUGUGUGAGAGAGAGAGAGAGAGAGAGAAAGAGAGAGAGAGAGAGAGAAAGUAUAGGAGGAGGUCCUUGAGGGGGUGGCAGGGACUGUGCUUCAUUCAUGGCUGUGUCUCCAGUACCCAGCACAGGGCCUAGUGUGCAGCAAGAUCAAUAAAGACUUGUGAAAUGCA